AUGGCCUCCCACUACCCCCAUACGCCCUCCCACGGCGCCUGGCUAGACUAUGCCCAGUAUCAGAAACAAGCCGUCCGCUCCGCAAACCUCGAGCUGCUCAUCCUCCUCGUCGCCCAGGGCGGCCCCGCUAUAGACAUGCAAGACUUUGGCCAUCUCGCCUGGGAUAUCAUGCGAGACCGCUCGCCAGCAAUGCGAGAAACGCUCCGCUACCUCAUCACCACCUACGGCCUUUCUCCAGACGUCACCUUCCCAGCCUACCCCGGCUCACACCAGCACGCCAACCUGCUGCAGCGGGCCUGCGACGAGCUCAAUCUCGAGGCGGUGGAGUUGCUUCUGCAGCAUGGGGCGGACGUUCAGUGUCCAGGUCUUGACCAGACUGCUCUGGAAUACCUGACGCACAAGACUGGCACAAGACCCAUGAGCACGUCUGCCUAUGCCACCCACUACAUGCCCCUCGUCCACUUGCUCCUAGAAAGAGGCUGCCCUGAUAUCAAGGGGCUCGAUUUUUCGAAACGGAAAUAUCGUCACCCAGCAGUUCCACCAGCCCAGUCCGUCACAAUUACAUCGCUUGCGGACAACUACGCCUGGCCAGGCAAGGAGAUCCCGACGGACAGCGCCAGAGACCAUAUUCCGUGGGUGGAAGAGACAGGCACCGCCUUUAUCCAUGGAGCGCUACCCGAUGGCCAAAUCAGGCUGCUUGAGCUGUGCCCAUCUGCCACACCAUCAGAUCCCGUCGAAUGCAAUAUUCUGUUUACGCCCAUAAGCGAGGCACCAGACUAUGAGAUUCUCAGCAUUGCCUCAGACUCGGCCUUGGCGACACUUCCCAUCACGCUUAAUGGCAGUUCUCUCGAAGUCUCGCCUGCCGUGUGGGAUGCCCUGCACAGGGUUCGGCAAUCAGACAGGCCGAGACUUUUAUGGAUCAAGGCUGUGUGUGUUGAUCAUGACAAUGAAGCGGAACUGUUGUCGCAUGCUCAACUUUACGAGGCCAUCUAUCGACGGGCCACAAAGGCACUCGCCUGGCUUGGGGCUGCCGACAAGAAUUCUCAACUCGUGUUUCAACAUCUAGACAAGUGCCGCGCCGCACGGCAGCUCAACUGGUCCCACUACCGCGGUACUACCCAGGACGCUUUCCACAAGUUGUGCCAGAGGCCAUGGUUUUACCAGGUCGACUCUGCUCUUGUCGUUGGCUGUUCAAGAGACACGACUAUUCUCUGUGGAGCUGACAGUGAGUGCCAAUUCGCGGAGCUGCUUCGUUGCACUUCGUUCAGGCAGGACUACCACCCCUUGCAUGGUAUCUAUGGCCCAAAUCAGCUCCAGAACCUCAAGGCCGUGGCUGAUCGGUCAGGGUUGAGGCAAGCGAUGCAGUUUGCGCGCCUCUGCCAGGACACGUGCGAGAAGGAAAAGAUCCGGGCGAUUUCUUCCAUUGUCGGGCAGUAUGAGUUCUUGUCGGACUCAUCCUCCAGCGAUCUCGAACUGGCAACAUCAUUCACGCGGCACAGCAUCCUAACCGAGCGCGAUAUUUCGCUGCUCCAUUUUGUGGGAGCAGGAUCGUCACGUCUGGACGGUGCUCCCUCGUGGGUGGCAAGCUUUUGCAGCCAACAGGGAGCCCCAGCUCUAUUGCCUCGGGUCUUUGGUUCGUACAGCUACAGUUCUGAGCACUAUCCUUGGAAGCUUCUAUCCGAACCUGAAAUUCGUCGAAGCGGUGAGUUGGCGCUCAAGGGAGUGCUCUGUGGCAAGGUGCAGGCCGUCGGGGAAAGCCUCACACCCAUCUUCCCCGAGAUGGCACCAGGUAGCAAAGCCUUCCGAAAGGUCAUUCGGAGCUGGGAAGUCGUCUGUACUUCCCAUUUAUCCAACAAUGGCAGGAAGAAAUUCCCUCAGUCGGUGGCCGACGCGUUUGCCGACACGAUUCGCGCUUUCGACGACCACGAGCAGGUCGGUGAAAGUAGACCUGCCAUUACCUCACGGGCUUGCGACUUUGUCGAGUGGUACAAGCAGUAUGGUUCAGGGGUGAUGUAUAGCAAGGAAGCGGCAUACUUUGAUGAGAUUGAGACUGUACAGGCGUGGCAAAAUCAAGCAAAAGCUGCCAAUGGCGACGGAACUUCGCGGGUGGGCUGCUCGACUUUUACCGAGGCCGUUGAGCGCGCCAUAUAUGGGCGUCGGUUGUUCGUGACGGAUGACGGGUCAAUGGGACUGGCGCCGGCCAAGAGCAAAGCUGGCGACCGUCUUGUCUUCUUCCCAGGGGGGAUCUAUCCUUGGGUGAUUAGGCCUCGUGCAGAUGGACGGACGCAUGAGCUGAUUGGGGACUGCUACUUGUACGACUUCAGAGUUGUUGAGAUUUUCCGAGCUUUGAUACCCUCAGCGAUCCGUGAAGUUAUCCUAAGUUGA